AAGGAUAGAAUUCGUUCGAAAUUGGAACGUGAUAUAUUGGCUAAAAUUCAAUUUCCUUUCAUUGUCAGUUUGAAUUAUGCUUUUCAAACCGAAGGUAAAAUUUACCUUAUUUUGGAAUUUGUCAGAGGUGGUGAUUUGUUUUCUCGUCUGGCGAAAGAGCUCAUGUUUACUGAGACAGAUGUUAUGUUCUACUUAGCCGAAAUUGCACUAGCAAUAAACCACCUACACAAACUGGGAAUAGUUUAUCGCGAUCUUAAACCCGAAAAGCAAGUUUCAGAAUUCACUUUAUUUAUUUUGUUUAUCUGCAUUCUUCUAACCGAGGAGGGUCACAUCAAACUAACCGACUUUGGAUUAUCCAAGGUCUCCAUCUACGAUGAGGACGAUGACAGCAAGUCCUAUUCCUUCUGUGGAACUGUGGAAUACAUGGCUCCAGAAAUCGUAAAUCGUCGUGGUCAUGGCCCGGCGGCAGAUUGGUGGAGCUUUGGCGUUCUAAUGUACGAAAUGCUCACUGGAACAUUACCUUUCCAUGGCACUUCAAGAAAGGAUACAAUGACGCAAAUUAUGAAGUAA